GGAGCACGUGGGGGCGGCGGUGCCAUGGCGGAGCCGGGGCCGGGGCCGGAGCGGGGCCCGGCCGGGCAGGGGCCGCCCCCGGAGCCCCCCGCGGGCGGGGAGCAGCAGCAGCAGCAGCAGCAGCAGGAGGAGGCAGCGGCCGGCCCCCAGUGGAACAUCCCGCCCAACGCGCCCGCGUGCAUGGAGCGGCACCUGGAGGGCGCGCACUACCGCGCAGACGGAGCCCUGCUGCUGGGCGCUUCGGGGCUGAGCGGCCGCUGCUGGGCCGGCUCCCUCUGGGUGUUCGCCGACCCCUGGCGGGCCCCCAGCGAGGGUUUCUGCACCGCCGGCGUCCAGACCGAGGCGGGAGUCGCCGACCUGCGCUGGGUGGCCGACAGGGGCAUCCUGGUGGCUUCCGACUCCGGCGCCGUGGAGCUGUGGGAGCUGGACGAGAACGAGACCCUCAUCGUCAACAAGUUCUGCAAGUACGAGCACGACGACAUCGUGACGACGGUGGCCGUGCUCGCCGGCAGCACCCAGGUGGUCAGCGGCGGACAGGACUUCUGUGUGAAAGUCUGGGACCUGCCGCAGCAAGCGGUGCUGCGCUCCUACAGAGCUCACUCCGAUGCAGUGACAUGUGUGGCUUCCUGUCCUGGUAAGGACACUGUGUUCCUGUCCUGUGCUGAGGAUGGCAGAACAUUACUCUGGGACACCAGAUGCCCCAAACCAGCUACUCGAAUUGUUUGCAGUGCCUGUAAUUACCUCCCUACCUCAGUCCUGUGGCAUCCACAGAAAAGUGACAUCUUUGCUUUGGGUGAUGAAAAUGGAACAGUUGCACUAGUAGACACAAAGAAUCCUGAUUCUGCCCUCAGCUCCACUGUGCAUGCCCGACGUAUCACGGGGUUUGCGUUUUCUACACAUAGUUCACCUUUACUGGCUUCAAUUAGUGAAGAUUGUUCAGUAGCUGUUCUGGACUCAGACCUUUCAGAGGUGUUCAGAAACCGUUCUCAUCGAGACUUUGUAAAAGGCUUAUCGUGGUCUCCUUCAGAUAAUGCCUUGCUCACUACAGUUGGAUGGGAUCAUCAGGUUUUACAUCACACUGUCCCCAUACCAACUGGUGAAGCUUCUGGAGUCAACUGUGUAAAAGAAUAGUUUUAUAAACUCAUCGGUCCAAAUUCCUUCCUGGUAUUACUUUGAUUCUCCUGAAGUCAAAGGUGUUUGUGAACUGGAUUGGUUACGGACUGGUGUCUGCCUUGAAGCUUGUGACUAAGAAGGUUUUUGUAGUAAUUUUGAAUUAGGCAUAACUUAGUUACAAACCAGCCUUUACCCUCUCCUCAGGAGCUGGCUUCACCUGUGAUAAGACUUCAGUAUUUUACCCAGAAAAAAAUAUUGACUUCAGGCACAAAGGAGUUUUGGAGACGGGAUUAGGUAUAAUAAAAUAAAA